AGUAAGUGUGCACCGCCCAGUUGGCGAGGCUACUAAGCUAUUCGCCAUCUUUUUCCAGACCAAAGGAGACCAAAGCAAACAUGUCUUUGAAAGCUGUGGUGGGACAACGUAUUAUGCAAGAUGUGAUUCGCGUAAAUAAAAAGCCUAACGAGUGGAAGGUUCUUGUCGUGGAUCAGCUGAGCUCUAGAAUAAUCUCAUCAUGCUGCAAGAUGCACGACAUUGUCGAGGAAGGCAUAACAAUUGUUGAAGAUAUAUCUAAAGUCCGCCAACCACUACCAAACUUUGAAGCCAUUUACAUUUUAACACCAGAGGAAACGUCAGUGAGAGCUUUGGUUGAAGACUUCACUGAAGGAAACCACAGAUACAAAGGGGCUCAUGUAUUCUUCACUGAAGUUUGUCCAGAUUCAUUGAUUAGUGAAAUUUCCAGGAUUUCUAAAUAUGUGAAAACCCUGAAAGAGAUAAACAUUGCCUUUCUCCCGUAUGAGUCUCAGGUUUACUCCUUGGACACUCCUAAAGCAUUUCACAGUUUCUAUGGUCCUGAGCCUUCAGACCAAGCCCAACGCUUCCAGUAUUCUGAGAAAAUAGCUGAACAAAUUGCCACUUUGUGUGCUACAUUGGGGGAAUAUCCCUCAGUCAGAUACAGGAAGGAUGGUCUUCAUCUUGCUGAAUUGGCCAAUGCUGUGCAAACUAAACUACAUGCAUACAAAGCUGAUGAUCCAGCUGGAAUGGGGGAGGGACCACAUAAGCAUCGUUCCCAGCUGAUCUUACUGGACAGAGGAUUUGAUCCAGUUUCUCCUCUGCUGCAUGAACUCACUUUUCAGGCUAUGACUUAUGAUCUCCUUCAUAUUGUCAAUGAUGUGUACAAAUAUAUUUCAUCAUCUGGCAAUGAAGAAAAGGAAACUAUUCUUGAUGAUAAUGAUGAAAUGUGGGUAAAGCAUCGUCAUGAACACAUUGCUGAUGUUUUGAGGAAGGUGAACUCAACAAUAAAGGAGUUUGCUACAGACAAGAAAAUCUCAACUUCCAACAAGACAACAAUGAAAGAUCUCCAAGUAAUCUUGAAGAAAAUGCCACAAUAUCAAAAAGAAGUCAGCAAGUUCAUUGUUCAUCUGCACCUGGCAGAAGACUGUAUGAAGCAAUACAACCAAACUGCUUUGAAGGACAUUUGUGCUGUUGAGCAGGAUCUUGCAACCGGAGUAGACAAAGAUGGUGAAGGUAUCAAAGACCCAAUGAAGAGUAUUGUUCCACUCCUGUUAGAUUCAAAUGUUCACAUUUCUGACAAGAUCCGGAUAAUACUCCUGUAUAUUAUUUUCAAAAAUGGUAUAAGUGAAGAGAAUUUAGCGAAACUGUGUGAACAUGCACAGAUCCCACCAGAUUACCGUGCUAUUAUAAAGAACAUGGCGUAUCUUUCAGUGCCCAUUAUACAGGAUUCUGGUGCAAGGAAAGCAGCCAAACCAGCAAGAAAAGAGCGUCCAUCACUGUAUGAGUUAUCGCGAUGGGUUCCAAUCAUAAAAGACAUCAUGGAGGAAGCUGUUGAGGAAAAGCUGAGCAGUACUCUGUUCCCUUUUGCGUCUCAAAGGACUGGAGCAGGUGCAAUGAAUAGUAACUUAGGUAAAGCUGUGAGCGCUCGUCUUUAUGGUCACUGGCAUAAGGAGAAGGGUUCCACAGAAGCUCGAGCAGGACCCCGCCUCAUCAUCUUUAUUGUUGGAGGAGUGUGCUUCUCUGAAACAAGAACAGCGUACGAGGUAACAGCUGCGAAAAAGGAUUGGGAAGUAUUGAUCGGUUCUACUCAUGUCACGACUCCUAAUAACUUCCUGGCGUCAUUAAGAGAGCUUGCAGGCUGAACCCACCGUGGGGGUACAAGAUGAAGAUGAAUAAAAAAAGAGUACUAAUAAAUAAAUGAUCACUAAACACCAAUAAAAAGUUCUGAUCAUGCUAUCGGUCUGUGAAGCUGGCGGUCUUUUUUUGAAAUGGUGUCCCUGCUCCAAGCCUUUUCCCCGUGACGAGCCUAAGUAGCGUCUGCCAUGACGCUACUCCGGUCCCUUUUGCUACAUUUCUCUUUGAAUCCCACUGCUUCGUCUCCGUCAUUGUGCCAUCGCGUGAAAGACCUCCAGCCACGCAGGCUAGUCAGGCUACUGAAGACUGCUCAGCCAAGAAAGAAAAUAACAUUAUUAUGCUUUGGCUAUUGGAAAUCAAAGUACAGAUGGUAUAGUAGGAACGAUUGUGGCGGUCUGCAGCAAAGCUUGUAUUAAGGAAAAUUGUCCAAUGUGGACAGUUCUGAAGCAUUGUAAAUAUUCACCAGCUAAUGAAGACAAACUUCUCGGCGAUUUUAUAAAGAUGCAUCCUGUGUAUUGUAAUCAGUAUCAUUACAAUAUCCGGGCCUUUUGGGUUCCGUUAUUUUGAAACUUCAGGCCAUCGUCAGAAUUCUUGCGAUAGUCAAAGGGAAUUCAGUAAAGUCCAUUAGUCGAAAGUGCUUUUAAACAUUGGAAAGAUUUCUGAUGUAGAUAAAAAGGAAAUUCACUGGGAUGAAAAGCUCCUUUGUUUGUUUUUCUUGUAAAACAUAAUUCGUUCGUUUGUUGGUUU